AGAUCUCGACGCGGGGCCGGCAGCGCCUGGCAGUCCAUCAGGGGGGCAGCAUCGGUGGUCGGGGGGGGGGGGGGCAGGGAUGGGCGCCCCUGAUGGGGGACCCCAGCGCACCGCUGGGGGCUCCACGCCUAUAGCGCUCGCGGUGGCCACCCUGCUGAAGAACAUGAUCGGCGCUGGCAUCUUCAGCCUCCCCAGGGGCCUGCUGCGGGCGACGCCCGUCGCAGGCAUGGGGAUCUUGGCGUUCGUGGGCGCCCUCAGUGCAGGCUCUUACUGGAUGAUCGGUUACUGCUGCAUCACUUGGAACGUGAGGAGUUUCCGUGACCUGUGGUAUUGCAUUUUCGGCAAGGGCACUGCCUGGAUCAUCGACACCACGAUCUUCCUGAACGGGUGGUUUACCCUGGUCUGCUACGUAGUCUUAAUCGGAGACUUCACGACCAAGUCGUUCGGCGGGUUUCUCGGUCAGGACCACUUCCUUGCCAGGAACCGUGCAUUCAGCCAGUGGUUCACCGCCGUGGCGGUGCUGCUGCCGCUGUCGCUCGCGCGCGACCUGUCGAAGCUGGCCUUCACGUCCAUGCUCGGCCUGUGCGUGCUCCUCUACGCGGUGCUCAUGGUCAUUCGCGACUCGGUCCUGCACUCGCCGCAGGAGUGGGGCCCCGACGUGGUCAUGUUCGAGUGGCGCAUGGGUGCGUUUGAGGAGCCCCGGGUGGAGCUGUGACGAGGGGGCUGAAGGAGCAUCAGCGAGCGUUCGGGCUCGCCUCGCAUUCCUCCUUUUCUCGGACCUCGUGCGAGGGCUGCGUAGAGGGCAUAGUGCCAUAAGACGCCCACGGGGUACCACUCCUUAGGGGCCGUCUCCGGGCUUGAGCGCCCUCCCGCAUACAGGGCCUUCUCUCUGAGUGGGAAGUCGCUUUUGCA